AUGCAAACUAUCGAGAAAGCAUUACAUCAACCACUGCCAUUUACAACGGGUGGACAAACAAUUACUGAUCGACUUACGGCUGCAAAACAUUCCUUAGCUGGUAGCCAGUUAGGUAAAACAAUUUGUAAAGCUACAACCGAAGAAUUAAUGGCACCAAAAAGGAAGCAUUUGGAUUACUUAUUACAUUGUACGCAGGAGCCAAAUGUUUCCAUCCCAUCGAUGGCGAAUUUAUUGAUUGAACGAACCCAAAAUCUUAAUUGGACGGUUGUUUAUAAAGCGCUUAUUACUAUUCACAACAUAAUGUGUUACGGAAAUGAACGAUUUUCGCAGUAUCUUGCAUCCUGUAAUACGACGUUCAAUCUGGGCAGUUUUUUGGACAAAAAUUCCGCUCAAGGAUAUGAUAUGUCGCAACAUGUUCGACGUUAUGGGAAGUAUAUCAGUGAAAAGAUCUAUACAUAUCGGUUAUGUGCGUUUGAUUUUUGCAAAAUAAAACGUGGUCGUGAAGAUGGCCUUCUGCGAACAAUGAAUGCAGAUAAGUUAUUGAAAACAUUGCCAAUUUUGCAAAACCAGAUCGAUGCUCUUCUCGAAUUCCAAAUAACUUCGGCGGAAUUAAAUAACGGUGUCAUCAAUUGUUCUUUCAUUCUUCUCUUUCGUGAUCUCAUUCGGUUAUUUGCUUGUUAUAAUGAUGGUAUCAUUAAUUUGCUUGAAAAAUAUUUCGAUAUGAAUAAGAAGCAAUGUCGUGAAGCAUUGGAUACGUACAAAUCAUUCCUGCUAAGGUUGGAUAAAGUAGCAAAUUUUCUGAAAGUAGCCGAAUCUGUGGGCAUUGAUCGUACUGAAAUACCAGAUUUAACGCGGGCACCAGCUUCAUUAUUGGAAGCAUUGGAAGCACAUCUAGUUUAUCUAGAAGGCGGCAGAGCACCUCUUACAGUCCAUCAUGAUCAGUUUACUGCAGCUAUGGCACAAUCAGCGCCAUUAUUUUCUUCCGCACAAACAGGAGUAAUUGAUGAUUCAGCAAAACAAAAAUAUUUAGAAGAGGAAAAGGAACGAUUACGAUUGUUUGAGGAGCAGCGAAAAAGGCAAGCAGUAGCAGGUUCAUCCGGAAUCGAUGCAGCAGGACAUUCGUUCAAUCCAUUUGCUCAGUCAUCAGCACGCAAUGCAGGUCGAUCUACGAAGCCAAGUGAUGAUCUUCUAAGCCUUUUUGACCCUAUGCCAGCAACUGGUGGAAUUACAGCUCCUUCAGGUUAUGGAGCUGCUGCUCCAGUUAAUGCCACACCGCAGCCAAUGGCAUUGGAUCCAACAAAUCCAUUCGCACAAAAUGUUUUCCAACAGCCGCCAGCUACAGUUAUGUCGGCUAAUUCUCCUGCUCCCGGUUUUACGGGAUAUUCAAAUGUAAGCCGAACAAAUGCAUUUGGUGCCGAUUUUACAACCGCUUUUAAUGUCGGAGCAGUGGCUACUGCAACUACUGAAACUAAUGUUGGAUUCAAUCCAUUUCUGACUAGUGAUGCGGAUUCAUCUGCACCGGCAGUGCCUCCACAGUGGCCUGUAGUUGCUGAAGGAACCGACAAACAGUGGUCUCGACAAACUUCACAAGAUGCGGUUCCACCACAACAAUGGACUCCUGCAGUUUUGCGAUCCGAUCUUGAAGGUGAUUCAACUGCUGCUCCUUCGUGGGGUAAAAACGGCGAAAGCAGUGAGAGUGAUGAAGCAGUUGGAGCUGCGGAUACUGAUAUUAGUAAUGAUGUACCGCAGCAACCAAGCGAGAUGGUCAGUUCGGCACUUCGGAAUCCAUUUGGUGCCAUGCAACAAAAUGCUCAAGCACUGCAUACAGCAGGUGUUAGUGCUACCGUGAUAACACCGCAACAACCGAGUAUACCAGCAUUUGGAGCACCACCAUCUGGUGCAUCGUCGACAAAUGUAUCACCAGUUCAUUUUGGAAUGACAACCCAAGUACCUCCACCACCACCACCACCACCACCAACAGUUAUCCCGAAUCAAAAUCUUACAAUUUACGAACAAACUCCAUUUUCUCGUAUGGAUGGUAGUUAUACUUCAUCACCAGUUAUUCCACGCCUCUUGCAUCAGCAGGCAGCGGCACCACAUGCUGGGAUGCAAAACGUACCUGGAGGUAACUAUGUUAUUUGCUUCUUGCUACAGUUAUGCACGUCGUUAUGCACGCCGACUCAGGCGGUGUUUUUCACCUUAGAAUCUUUAAUGGAAAGUACAGCUAAUUUAAAUGCAUACGGAGCACAACAAUUGCCAGCGGCACCAUGUGCUACCACUACACAGGCUGGUAAAUUCAACAGUAGUGAUUUAGAUAGUGCAUUGUCGUCGCUGGCUGAUAAUCUCUCGGUUAGCGGUAAAGGCACAACGAAUCAUGGGAAACCGGUUCAGUGGAAUAAUCAAGGUGGUAUAAGACCUGCAGGUGGAGCACAUGCAAUGACACAACCUCAGUACGCUGCAAUUCCACCACAACAGUGGCCACCAAUGGGUGUUUAUGCUCCACAACCAGGCAUAUAUGCUCAACAACCAGUAAUCGGUAUGUAUGCACAACCGGGAUAUAAUCCACAAAUACAGCAAACGGCUACACCGGUAUAUGGCAUGACACCAAGCCAAACUCCAUCUCAAGCUGGACAAGCGCAACAAUCGGCAUUACCGCCACCCCAUCGUCCAUUCAUGUGAAUUGCGUAGUAUUUUACUAGGACUCUUUCAAGUUACUUUUAUUUUUGUUAUGUUCAUCAUGGAGGUAUCUGUUUUUCGGGAUCUUGAAGAAAUUCCCUUUUCAUAAUCAUUUUCUGACUAUACAUGGAAAUUUAUUCAGUGUUGAUGAAUUGCUUACUAGUUUCCAAUCUUUACUUUUCUCAUUGUCAUCUUCCAAUCUUUGAUCUUUAAUAACAUUUCAUAUGUGUUAAUCUUGGAAAGUGGCAAAAUGGUUCACAUACCACAUCCCAUCUUCUUUUUUUUUUGUAUUAUAUGCUUUACUACUUUAUUAUGACAUUUGAAGAAAAAGAACAUGAUAUUGCUGUUUGCUUAUACACUUUACUUAUAUUUGUUCUAGAAAGGAACUUUUUCUUGUAAUGAUCGCGUUGAAAUUUUUUGCAAGCUGCUGAUCUCGAACUUUAUGGAGAUUUCCAAGUGAAUUCUUGAAAAAGCUUCAGAAUU